AGGAAAGCGUCCUCCUUAGGCGCAGACCGUUUCUUUUCAGGUCAAAGCAGUACGCGUUUUCGGUAGAGGUAGCAGUAAGAUUAGUCUUCAGAGCAAUUUUAGCGUUAAAUAUCUUUUAACGCAUUUGCUAAACGUGUUAUUUUAUAAUGAGCGACAACGAGAAAGAGUUCAGGGAGCAGGUUGAGGUUGGAAGAAAGAAAAAGGCGGAAGACGUUUCAGAUGUGAAGUUAUUGUUGUUUGAAGCUGAUGGUGUUGAUGCAUGCUAAUGUAUGGGAGAGAUGCUGAAAAAAGAAGCGAUCAAGAGCUGUCCCCGCGUCUAGUGUUGUAAUGGCAGAUGGUAAAAGGGGGAAGAGGAGGAAAAAAAGAAGUCAUAUAUUCAAACGGAAGAAAGAAGAAAUGAAGGGUUGUUAUGAAGUAAUGAAGUUAAAGAAGUUAUGAAGUUAAGAUGAGAAGUUUUCCAGGGACUCUCGGGCCGGCUCGCGGAGCCCAUCCCCUGGAGGCUCACCUAAAUCCACUAGCCGCUCACCAGCGCGCUCCAGAGGUGGCUCCCAUCAUUCCAGAUCCAAAUCUCAGUCCCGAUCUAGAUCUCGGUCAAGAUCUAAAUCCAGGUCUCGAUCCCAUCGAAGCUCACGCAGACACCACUCCCGUUCCCGCUCUCGUUCCCGCCGGCGCCGCUCCAGGAGCCGAUCUCGUAGCUCUGAGUACCGCCGGCGCAGAAGCCACAGCCGCUCUCCCAUGUCGAAUCGACGCCGACACAUUGGCAACAGGGCCAACCCAGACCCCAACAACUGUCUGGGUGUUUUUGGUUUGAGCCUCUAUACCACUGAGAGGGACCUAAGGGAGGUUUUCUCUAAGUAUGGCCCGUUGGCAGAUGUCAACAUUGUGUAUGACCAGCAGUCACGUCGAUCCAGAGGCUUUGCCUUUGUCUACUUUGAGAACUGCGAGGACUCCAAGGAGGCCAAGGAGCGAGCUAAUGGAAUGGAGCUGGAUGGACGCAGGAUCCGAGUGGAUUUCUCUAUUACCAAACGAGCCCAUACUCCCACUCCAGGAAUCUACAUGGGACGCCCCACAUAUGGUGGUGGUGGUGGUGGUGGUGGAGGCGGCGGUGGCGGCGGCUCAUCACGUCGUGUCUCAAGGGACUACGACAGGGGCUACGACAGAGGCUAUGAUAGAGGCUACGAUCGUGACUACGAUCGUUACGAUGACCGCGAGUACCGUUCAUACAGGCGCAGAUCUCCAUCUCCUUACUAUAGUAGAGGAUAUCGCUCUCGAUCACGAUCCUACUCACCACGUCACUACUGAGCAACAAGAGAAGAGGCGACAGAAGUGUUACUAUUUGGAUGACAGUUUUUUUUUUUUCUGUUCGUUUUUGUUUUAAAUCUGACAAUAUUAUGUAUGUGAUUUAAAAACUCUGCAUCUGUUUGUGUAUCAAAAGUUUAACAAAAUUGAUCCAAAAGAACCCCCUAAAUUUCUCCCUGAGCACAAAAAAGUAAUCAGGGAAUCAUGCUGCACCAAGUCUGUGCAAAGAAUCAGUUUUUGUUUUUUUCUGAAAAAUGAAAAAAAAAAUUUUUUGAGUACUCUGUGUGAUCAAAUGAAUUGAAUUGAAAGCACAGUCAGUCGUUGUAAAAAGGCUACGAUGUGCUCAGUUGUUCUUGGUUUCUUUUGUUUUGUUUUUUUUAUGUAUCAUAGCUGGAUUUUUCUGUGCCAGUUUUACACUUUCUCAUUUUGCUCUUUGUUGGUAGGUGAUUUGUUAAACUGUCGUGAGCCUAGUUUGCCCCUCAUUAAGUUUUAAAUGCCAUGUUUCUUUUUCAGUUUGUUUUUGCUUGAUCGAACGUCCACUUUUGUUUGUAUAUAAGAAAUUAAAAAAAAAAAAAAUA